AUGUUCAAAAGCAGUUGCCCAACACUUGUCCAGCAUCGCUGGCAGUAUAUGCACGAUGUUCUCUUGUGGGUCACCGAUCGCAGAAAGUUUCUUAUGUACUUGGACCCCCAUGUUGUUUCCAGCAGGGAGGAUAGUGAUGGCCGGCCAGGGCAGUCUGACGAUGUCAUAUCCGAGAUGGAUGCGGCUGCGUUCAAGCUUCUUUACACUGACAAGCUAGUUUCUGCUACGUUCUGGGCAAUGUGUGCGGUUAUGCUUAUCUUGUGCAAGUGGGGUCACACGGUUGUGGGCUGGCUACAUGGCUGCUGGUGUCAUCCAACCAAAGAUGACAGAGCCCAGUAUCGGAAAAAUAAUAAGGGUGCCAACUGCAAAUGGUCUGGCAGGCGGCUGAUUGAACUGUCGUGCGGUAGUGCUUUGGAAUUCAUGGGUGACUUACGCUCGUUGAGAAUUGAGAACUCGUCUCUCGCUAUGGAGUCGAUGGGCCUCCUGGUAAAGGAGCAGCACAAAGUUUCAGGAGCUUCAGAGGCUGCAGGCUUUGAUUUGGCAUCGGACAUUAUUUCGGUGGGGUUUGUCACGGCGAAGAGGAUGCUUGAAUCCCGAUUCUCCCAGCUGACAUCUUUUGUUAGGGAGCCACCUUGGAAUCUGAUCAGUCUGUUGCAGUUUCUCAUCGUGCCUGCAUCUGUCCGUUCCGGUGCUAUUGUGGAAAGCCGGCAAACUGCAGCAACAAUGCUCCAGAAAUUUGAUCAGGGAAGAUUCGGAGAUGUCGGUGACAUUGGACGUCGUUUUCUCCAGACCACUCACAGAUCGGCGUUGAAGCGCUGGGCAAAUUCCCAGGACAAGUUCAUGGAUUUGCCCCUGUUCAGGGCACUAUUGGCUUAUGCUUCCAGCCUGAAUGUCAUGCAGCGGCUGGAAGCAAAGCACCACCUAGUUCAGGCCGGCGCAGCCGUUUUUUUUCUGCAGCAAGAGAACUGUGUGCGGAUGUGUUCAGCGCGAGCCCUGGGCGUGGCGCACCUUUCUGCAAAUAUACGACGUGCUUUGAACUUCGAUCUGGAGCGGCCGGAGUUUGAACGCAAUCUGGAUAGAUAUCUUUCCAGCUUCUCUUGUCUUGUGCAAGAAGAAUGGGGGUCAUUUAAAGAGUUGCAGUCUUUCACGACGGGGCACAAUCUUGAAAUCAUGUUUGCCGAUCGCUCACCUGAUAUGCAGAUGAUUGCUGCCGCGAGCAAAGAUACCACCGAGGAUGAUCCAUAUUUUCGUGACAAGUUGGAUCAUGUCAUGAGCCUCAUGCGCAAGUCGGGGCAUUAUUGCAUGCCUUGCUUGCAACAAAGCAAUCCCAAUGUCACACAGUAUAUGUGCUUUCAAUUGUUGGGUUUUCGUCCAAGCAACAAGAAGUACAUGCAGAGGCUUACAAACUGGGGGACGAACCGUUGGCACGGUCAGCUUGCGUGUGCGGUCUUGGGGUCGUUCAGCGUAGACAACCCAUGCGUUUGUUUGGAAGAUGGCGAGAAGGUGGACCCCCCAACAGUUGAUGCUGCCCGAGUGGUCCGAUCACAAACCUGCAGUGUUCAGACGAUUCCACUGGAAUCUUUUUUUAAGAACAACAACAUAGAUCACCUUCAUCAGUUCCAUGUUGUGGAGCAUCGGGUCGAUUUCGACACGGAGAUGGUAGAUGACAUGUUGUCUGACGAGACCGAGUGUCAUGACUUGGCCCUCACGACUGCCAUAUGCCAUCUUGGCAAAAAGGCUGUGCAGACAGGACUGCCGCUCAGUGUACCACCGUCGCAUCAGAGUGCUGCUGAUUGGAUCGUGGAGCACGAGCUCGGCGAGUACAAUGACCGCCGGCAGCUAGUGGUGCAAUCGCUUGCGAUGAGCUUUGAAACGCAUUUAUCAGCUGUCAGGCCGCUUGAUGAGCCCGGUGACCUAAUCGACCAUAGCUUGUGGUCGCUGCGUCGUCAGCUUCGGUCUCAGGGUUGGUGCGAAGCUGAGAAAGGAAAGAGACUGUCAGCCGCACGGAAAUACUUCUCCGGGAGCAACAGGGCGCCCAGCUAUUAUGUCAUCUUGAUUGAAUGUCCGCAGCAAGCCGCAAGUUAUGAAGAGAACCAGAACUUUGCUCAUUCUGGUCUGCGCGCCUAUUUUGACACGCUGCUGCUUGCGAUGCGAAUGCAAUCACCUGCUACCUUCAUGGUGCCAAGAGGGAUGAAUGCAAAGGGGUAUGAGGCUUUGGCGCAGUUUUUGCAAGGCCGCAAACCGAAGUUCUUAAUGGGUGCACGUUGGUGUCUUGUUUCGAAUCGCGAAAUAAUGUUUGGCUGUCGUUCGAUUGUGCUAGGCGGGUGCUGUGGAGCUGACCCACGGCGAGAUGAAUCUUUUUUUCACAAAGUGAAGCGUGCCCGGCGACCUCGUGCACACUCCAUUCCUCCACGCAAGAGUCGCAAAACUAGCGCUGCCGCACCCGAGGUCUUGUCUCGAGAGUCUCAACCCGGCAAUUCUGGCGAUCCUCUAAUGGUUAUUUCGUCUGGCGAAGAGGAUUUGGAGGAUUGCAACAUCUUCGACCCUCAAGAUGAUGAUGAUGAUGAUCCGCCGAUUCCGCCAGAAUGGUUGGAGGAGUCACAUGCCAACGAGGAUGCGACUGGCACUGACGAUGGUGCGAUGAAUCCAGACACGGACAUUGGCAGUGUUCCCCCGGCUGACGUGGAGGCCCAGCUUGAUGCUGGCAAUGCCGGGAAAUCCGAGAGUGUCCCUGUGCCCUUCUUUGAGCCUCGAUGCCGCACUGACGGGCAUCGUGCGGUCUGUGAAAUCCUGCUACCGGUGCUGCUCGAAGUCAUGCGGGAGCCUGCAUGGUGUGCUAGAGUUCCUCGAGAGCAAGUUCGUCAGGCUGCUCACCGUCGCUUGAUCAGCACAUGUUCGGCGCAUGGCCGGGAGUGA